AUGUUUAGUACUAACUGGCUAGGGAAGAAAUUAUACUCAACAGUUAGAAUCAACCCCAAUGUAAAAUUGACAUCUAUUUGUGAAAAAGUGCAUGAGAAAUGGAAUGCAGGCAUGAAUAGGAUGAAAGCUUAUAGGGCUAGAAAACAAGCACUGAAUAUGGUUGAAGGGUCAUUCAAAGAACAGUAUUGUAGGCUUUAUGACUACACACAUGAGCUUCUGAGAUCUAACCCAAACAGCACCAUAAAGAUGAAUGUCCAAGCAACUGAACAAAAUCCUUCUGAAACUGAACAACAUCCAGAGAAUUAUGUUAGCAGACCACUAUUGCCAAGUUUCCAUAGACUCUAUAUUUGCCUCGAUGCUUGCAAGAAAAGUUUUAGUUUUUGCAGACCAAUAAUAGGUGUUGAUGGAUGUUUUCUCAAGGGGAAUUAUGGAGGUCAGAUUCUUGCAGCAGUUGGCAGAGACCCUAACGAUCAGAUGUUGCCCAUUGCAUUGGCUGUGGUAGAGGCUGAAACAAAGGAUUCUUGGGCAUGGUUCUUUGAUCUACUAGUGAAUGACUUGGGAGGUCCAGAAAUAUGCAAGAACAUUACUUUCAUUUCAGAUCAGCAAAAGGGGUUGUUACCUGCAAUAGAUGAGUUGUUGCCUGGUGUUGACCAAAGGUUUUGUGUUAGACAUCUGUAUAGCAAUUUUAGAAAAAGAUAUCCAGGCAAGCAGUUGAAAGAGUUAAUGUGGAAGGCAGCCAAAGCAACAUAUCCACAAGCAUGGGAGAGGGAAAUGAAGGAGAUGAGAAAGAUCAAUGAGGAGGCAUUUAAACAUUUGCUGAAGAUCCCCCCUAGACACUGGAGUAAGUCACAUUUCAAAUACAGGACAAAAAGUGAUGUGCUUGUCAACAACAUGUCUGAAACCUUUAACAGUGUUAUAAUUGGACCAAGACAAAAACCAAUUGUAACAAUGUUAGAGGAGAUCAGAGGGUAUCUCAUGGACAGAUGGGCUAGAAAUAGAGCAAAAAUUGAAGACUAUAAUGAAUCUGUACUUCCAAGGAUUAAGAAAAUUAUUGCAAGAAGGCAGGAAUUCUCAAGAUACUUCAUAGCCAGGUUAUCAGGUGACUUGAUAUAUGAAGUCAGGCAUACAAGUUUCAGUGGAGAUAAAUUCACUGUGGAUCUCAAGAAAUCCGAGUGCUCAUGCAGGAGCUGGAUGCUGACUGGAAUUCCUUGCUACCAUGUUAUUGCCUGCAUCCAAAGUAGACAUGAGGACCCUUUUGAGUAUAUUCCUUCCUACUAUAGGAAGCAGAAUUACCAGUCUUGCUAUGAGCCAUUGAUAUAUCCAACAAAUGGAGAAAAUUUGUGGGAGUUGACACCAUAUCCUGAUGUUCUUCCACCCCCAACCAGAAGAGCACCUGGAAGGCCAAAGAGAAGAAGAAACAAAGAUGCUGAUGAAAAAAGGAAGGACAUCACAAAUGUAUCCAGAAAAGGGUUGCCAAACAAAUGCUCAAUUUGUGGCAUUUCUGGCCAUAACAAGUCAUCCUGUCCUUCUGCACCAAGACAAUCAACAACAACUCAGACCCAAACAAGUCAAGCCCAGACCCAAACAAGUCAAGCCCAGACCCCUACCACUGCAGUCCCAACUGUUCAAUCUCAGCCAAUCCAGAGGGUUCAUGCCAGGCAGUCUCAGGAUUCCAUCAAUCAAACUCAACCAUCUCAAAGGGUUCAAACUAGGCAAUCUCAAAAUGCCUCUAGCAGCUCCCAUCCAACUCAGAGGGUCCAGACAAGACAAUCAGCACAAUCUGAAGGAGUGCAAACACGUAGUUCCAUAACUGUUUCUCAGCUGCUUGCCAUGAGAAGGGCUAAAGAGAAGGGCCAAAGACCAACAACAGCAUUUCAGCCACCAACAUCUUAG